AUUAAGAUGACAUGCCAUACCUCUGACUAUUCUCACAUCAUUUGCCUCAUUCUGAGAAACUUGGCAAGAAAAGCUCCUUGUCUGCUAGCGAGGAAUUAUAAAAGAUAAUCUAAGCUGCAAGUAUGGACAAGAAGUUGGACCUGUCUAGAUUAACAGAAGAGGAGGCCAAACAUGUAUGGGAGGUCAUUCAGAGAGAUUUUGAGCUGAGGAAAAAGGAAGAAGAGCGGCUUGGGGAGCUGAAAUCUAAGUUAGAGAAGGAAGAAACAAAGAGGGACCUAUUGGGAUCUCAGCCAAACCUGGUGGACUCUCACUGUAUCCACUGCCUGCUACCCUUUAAGUUCCUAGUGAACAGCAAACGCCAGUGCGUGGACUGCAAACUCUACACCUGCAAGACCUGUAGCCGCUACAACAAGAAGGAGCGUGGCUGGGUAUGCAACCCCUGCCGCAUGGCAAGGGUUCUGAAAAUUGGAACCUUGGGUUGGUACCAUGACAACAUACGCUCUCGCUUCAAGCGUUUUGGUAGUGCAAAGGUGAUGAGGUCACUGUACAAGAGAUUAAAUGAAGAAGGGCACCAUGAUGAUGACACACAGAGCAUGCCUGAUGUCCGCAAUGUACAUAAUGGUCAUGACGAUGAGCAUAUUGAUGUAGCAGAAGCUCAACGCUAUAAGCAGAUGCGAAAGACCAAACGUUUACUCUCUGUCCACCCAAUGGAUCUUGACAUGGACGAGUAUGUCUCCCACUCUCGCAGACCAUCUGUUCAGUACAUUCAGGUAGAGAGAGGAAUUCAGGGGCAUGAUCUAGAAUAUAGCCCUGACAUGUACCAUCCCCAUCACCAUCGCAUGAACCGCAGGAAGAGCCUUGACCGGUUCUCACGCCCAGAUGAUGGCCUGUACUCUGAAAACAGAGUGGUACGUGCUCGUUCUCUCUCUAAAAUCAACUCCUCUUUGGCUCCAUGCCAGAUCUACCUGGAUUCUUCAGAGGAUGAGGAUAUGUUCCGUUUCCCCCUCUACCAGCUGCCCCCACGACGCCGAAGUCGUGCAUCAUCUCAGGAAAACAUUAAUCAGGGAGCACCACCGAUCAAUGAGCUGAGCAAGAGAAUGUCUGCCAUUGAGAGUCUCUUGAAUCGACUGGAAGAGAAAAUUACUUUGCCUGCUGAUCGGCCUGUUCAGCUCACAGCAGGGCAGCUGGAGGAGGAAAAGCUGAGAAGAAAACUAGAUGAGCUAAUGAGUGACAAGGCACUUUCCUCUGAUGAGGAUGAGCCCAAGAGGCCUCAACAGUCCAAUGGGUCUACUAUGAGAAGUGCACGAAAGGGGGACCAGACACCAUUGGCCCCUGCACCCCAAGAACCCUUGAGCUCCUCAAGUGAUGAGAUGCCCAAUGAGGCACAAAAGUCCUUCAAUAUGACAAAGAAGUUGCGAAUGAUUGAGCAGAACGCUAAGAAUCACUACAGUGGCCCACUUACUGACUCAGAACUUUCUGAACUGGAGGACCAGGUUGCUUUGGCAGCUGCUAAAGUUCAGAGUACGGAGAGUGAGGUCUCAGACAUUGAAAACAAGAUUGCUGCUCUAAGUGUUAAAGGGCUAUCAAAUGACAAAGUAAAAAAAAAGGCACUGAGUAUGCAACAAAAAAGGAAGUUUUCCCAAGACAUUCCUUCAAACAGAGUGCAUUUUUAACUGGAAAUAGGACACUCUAACAUUUGUGCUGCUUUGCAUUAAUCAGGUGUUUAUCCAUCUACUGUAUGCAUUUGCUUCUCCAUUCAUACAUUCACACAGUCCAGAAAACUGAAUGCAAAUAAUCAAAAUACAAAGACAUAAUAAUAUAGUUUGGUGACCCCAAGGCACAUUAAUGUCCAGUGUCUAUAUUCAGUCUUCUUCAACUAUGUGCUUUAUACAGUUAUACAGUAAGAGUCAUUAUAGAGAUUAAUUUUGUUCUUACUGGUACAAUAUGGAACAUUUUACAGAAGCAGAACCAGUGAAUUCAUCACAGCUCUCUUUAAAAAUGUAUAUCUGGCUUACAUAAGUGAAGAUAUCUAACGUUAUUCUGAUGUUACUUGUUAAUAUGCUUCAUUUAAAAAGUCAGAAUUCUGGAUUUUUGGCACUAAUCUUGCUUUAGCACUCACACACACACAAUUUGUGUCUUGUGUAUGAUAUCAGACAAAAAUUUAACAGGAAUAAAAGGAUUAAUAUGUGUUGAUGCCUGACUUUGCAUGGCUUUUUCCUCAAAUUAACUCUUACCUUUCAGAAUAUAUGAAUUAAGGCAGGUAGCCUAUUUAACUAUUUUUGCAUUAGCGCAUUAUAUACAGACAUCUCACAAAUUACUUUUUAUUAUUUAUUAGAAUAUUGAAAAGAAGAAAAAAAAACUUAUUCAUCAUAAUACUGUUUUUCUUUUGAUAAACAUUCUUUUAAUUAUAGCAACUUCAAACAGGGUGAUGAAGUAUUUACUUGUUAGCAUUAGCAGUUAGUCCCUGCUCAAAUUGUAGCCAUGUAAUCUAGAUGUUUUUUCUGAGUAUUUACUACUAAGUAUUGCUACUGAGGAUAGAGUUAGGGUCUAAGAGCAUUGGCAGGGCCAGAAAAUUAACUUUGCCUCUCCAACUCGGACCCCACUUGCCUCCUGGAAACGGUGCACAACGGCUUAACACAUUUGUGUCAUGCAUGGUCCAUAACAACGUUCCUCCUGAGUCUGGUAGAACACAGCGUUCCGCCUCAGUAGAACCCACCCAACCUUAUACCACUCGUUACUCGACUCUUGCUACCCCUUUUCCACCCCUGGCAAAAAAAUGCCCCUGGGUUAGAGUUAGGUUUAGGGGUUAUGGUGAGGGUUAAAUUUUGGGGUUGGUGUAGGGUUUCUGUGGUAAACCUAACAAACACAAUAAACAGUGUAUGUAGGUCGCAAGUGACUCUCAGGACUGGCUAGACUUUUUGCAGAUCAAGGGUCAAUGGAGAAAUAUG